AUGCAUGGGCUUUCAAGAGUUGCAUUAUUGAACGAUAGCCCAAAGACUUCGAUCGGGCAUGCCCUCAUGCUUCAGGCAGAAGAAACCACGAAGACGGCUCAUUACUGGGACUUGGUCCAUGGAAGGGGUCGCGUGGCGUACUUCCUCUCCACUCGCUCUUUGCUGAAAAUAAUCAAGCCCAUCUUGAAACAGGAAGGCCUAGAAGCCGCAGCACAGGUGCUCAUGGAAGAUGCUCAUGCUGCUGCCCUUGCAUCUGUGGCAUGCGGUAGUGCACUGCAGCAAGAUCACGCGCCACAAUAUCGGCAUCAGCGGGAACGAGUUGUGAAGCGCUCGCUCCCGCGGUCUCAUACUCUGCUAGAGUUCAUGUGCGGCUCGAGGCCAACCCAUGUACGACUACUACAUGACGGCGUGGUGUCCGCGUACGUGGGAAUUGACGCUUCUCAGCGCGCUUUGCAUUUGACACGGGAGGCUUGCAAGCAGCAGACUUCCGCAACUGCGGCAGGCACUGCUGCUCCAGCUGUCUCCGCGAGCCGGAUAGAUGCAGAAGAAGGAGGGGCAGCAGCAGCAGAAGAGACGCCCUCGGAGCUGCAGACAUCGGUGGCACCCUGCAUUCAUGAGGCGUUGGGGUGUUGCAUGCUACUGCGUCACGACUGUCGCUUGCUGAGCGACGCGCUGCCACUGCUUCAGUCACGGUUCAUUCUGCUCGUUGCAGGGCUAGAUGACAUCAUUGCCCGCAGCACCACAGACAACACUGAUGCCCAGGGGCCUUGUGAUGAGGCCCUUCUACAGGUACUGCACUCCGCGGCUUACGCGCUCCCCAUCGGCGGCAUACUGCUGCUAAUCGAGCCCACAAAGCACGCCCCUGAGUUGUUGUUGAGCCUUUACAAGGCCUUGCAGCAUCCCGUCCUGGCGUGUCGGUUCUUACUUUGUGAAGGGGCAGAGCUGGUGGGGCCGUCCAACGAUGUCCUCCUUCUGCGGCUACGGAGACACACAGACGCUGCUGAAUGCAUGCAAGCCCUGGAGCACUUUCAUACCAAUAAUAUUGUCAAAAUGGCAGCAAAAAAGCCCUUCCGAUCCUGCCUCUCGGAUGCUCUCGAGGCUCCUCAGUCCGUGCAACAGGCGAUGCCUCUUCUGCACCGCCUCUCCCUAAUCCAGCAAGCGGAUGAACUGGCCUUUCUCCUACUCCAGGCGUCGAAGGAGGGGGACUUGCUUGCAGCAACGAAACUGCUAGCCUUGGGGGCAGAUGUGAACCACGGUAGCACCGGCAGCGAGUCACCUCUGCACGCAGCAAUUGCCGCGGGAGCACCGCAAUUGGUGGACUUGCUGUUUCGCCACGGGGCAGAGGCCAUGGAAGGCCCUUCCGGGUGUCCCCUCUUGCAUGCUGCGGAGCUCCUGCUGCAGGAGGCCGUCUCCGCGGGGUUCAAACUUCCACAAGAAUUGGAGUGUAAAGCCGGCACAAGCUGGUCAGCAGCAGUCCCAGGGAACCAGCAGCUGCCUAGUGCCAUCAGAGUGCUUUCCUGGGUAGAGGGCGAGAUGGCAAGGCUGAUGACAGGGGGAAAGCCUUGCGGCGUCAGCAGCCAAGGAGACGACUUCCUACAAAAAGCUGCAGGAAUACACCCGAUCCGUGGUUUGAUUUGGCCAUUUGGGGACCCUCUCGAGGAGCAAAUAGGGCCGCCCGUGUGA